AGGAAGUGUGACGUAAACACUGAAGCGUCCAAAGACGGCCAAACGUCAGAUUCAGUGGUUGAAGGCAGAUAGAAUCAAAUCGCUCCGCGUGCACGGUCACACGAGCCCGAGAGGUCAGCGCGGCACGAGGCUGUACUCUGGGAACAGUAUGACCCGGGUCAGCUGUCAGCAGUGGGGAACAGUUCCCGGCCUGGGCCGGGUGGACUUGUGGCUCCUGGAGUCCCCUCAGGUGAAGGUGGAGGUCCUCACACUGGGGGCCAUCAUCAGGUCUGUGUUCAGCCGAGGGAAGAACGGUCAGAUGGAGGAUGUAGUCCUGGGCUUCGAUGACCUGGAAGGUUACCUGUCAGAUAAGCGGUACCUGGGCGCAGUGGUGGGUCGUGUGGCCAACAGGAUCGCUGGGGGGCGCUUUGUUGUGGACGGCAAAGAGUACCAACUGGAGACCAACAAUGGACCCAACGCAAUUCAUGGAGGUGUGAAGGGCUUCAACAAGGCUUUGUGGCUCGCUACAGAGGUGCAGGGCGGCGUUCAGCUGAGUCUUAGCAGUCCAGAUGGAGACCAAGGUUACCCUGGGGAGGUCCAGGUGUGUGUCAUCUACACUCUGCAGGGUGAAACGCUGACAGCUGAAUAUCAGGCUCGCUCCAACAGGACCACGCCCAUCAACAUCACAAACCACUCUUACUUCAACCUGGCUGGGCAGGCAGCAGCAGAUGUGUACGAUCACCAAGUUUCCAUCUGUGCGCAGUCUUUCCUUCCCGUUGAUGAGACUUCCAUCCCCACAGGAGAGACCAGAGCUGUACAAGGAACCCCUUUUGACCUCAGAGACCCGGUUCUGAUUGGAGCAAGGCUCAAAGAGCUUCCUGGUCCAGGGUUCGACCACAACUUCUGUCUGUCCUUCCCUUCAGAUCCCUGGAUGGAAAGACAUGCUGCCAGAGUAUGUCACCCGGCCAGUGGUCGGGUUCUGGAGGUUUCUACCAGCCAGCCAGGGGUCCAGUUUUACACUGCCAACUUCCUGGAUGGUUCUGUGCAAGGAAAAGGUGGGACUAAGUACAGGAAGCAUGGCGCCUUCUGUCUGGAGACGCAGAAUUGGCCUGACGCUGUGAACCAGGCCUCCUUUCCUGACUGUCUCCUUCGUCCCGGUGAGGAGUAUCACCACGUCACCCGCUUCACUUUCACCACCAUCUGAUCCAUGUCAUCCAUUGAGAGACUGCUGAUGGUUCCAUCUAUCUUGUAAACCUGCUUAAUCUCUUCUGGGUCACAUGGUGUCUGGAGCCUAUCCCAGCCACAGUUAUGUGAAGGCAAGGUACACCCUGGACCAGUCACCAGACCAUUACAGGGUACACCCUGGACCAGUCACCAGACCAUUACAGGGUACACCCUGGACCAGUCACCAGACCAUUACAGGGUACACCCUGGACCAGUCACCAGACCAUUACAGGGUACACCCUGGACCAGACCAUUACAGGUUACACCCUGGACCAGACCAUUAAAGGGUACACCCUGGACCAGUCACCAAACCAUUACAGGGUACACCCUGGACCAGUCACCAAACCAUUACAGGGUACACCCUGGACCAGUCACCAGACCAUUACAGGGUACACCCUGGACCAGUCACCAGACCAUUACAGGGUACACCCUGGACCAGUCACCAGACCAUUACAGGGUACACCCUGGACCAGUCACCAGACCAUUACAGGGUAGACCCUGGACCAGACCAUUAAAGGGUACACCCUGGACCAGUCACCAAACCAU